AUGGCUGGCUUAUGGAGGAACAAUUUCUGCCAAUGGAGCAACGACGGUGGAAACAACGGAACCAUUGACGCCUUUAACAACCGGGGUGGCCAGCAAGAUUUUGGUGAGGCUGAAUUCAAAACUGGUGCACAAAUUACCAAUGGAGGUUAUACUAAUCUUCAUAACAAUGGAACCAAACAUGCAUUCAACAACUCUUAUGGAGGAACUCAGAAUUUUGGAAAGGCCACGUUUAACACUGGCGCUAGGAUUGGAAACUAA